GAGUAAAAAAUAAAUGUCUUUCUUUGUUUUCGUUUGUUGUCUCAAAUUCAUAUUCAUGUCGAGUCGUUGCUUUGUUAUGAACUGUGAAAUUUUGAUAGAAAAUAAAUAAUUGAGCAGUUUUAACAAUAGUAUCAGUGUCGACAGGAUUAACGAUGUCGGCUACCGAUACACAGAAACCUGAGAGUUCAAAGGAUACCAUAUCAAGCAAUUCGAUCGAUGAAGGCUUGCCGAGAGAACUAAGCCAGCUAAGUCUUUCAAGUGCUUCAAGUCAAGAUGAAUUCUUUUGCGACUCAGGACAUUCGGGUGCAGCUUUGAAAAAUAUAUUCGGCUAUUAUCAGUCUCAAAAGUUGUGUGACGUUACUCUUAUUGCAGGAGGAUGCAGAAUCCCAGCACACAAAAUCCUCCUUGCAUCAUGUAGCGAGUACUUCGCAGCAAUGUUCACUGGCUCCCUGAGGGAAGCUCAGUCAAGUGAGAUCACACUUGAGCGAGUUGACCCGCAAGCACUGCAGGAUCUUGUACACUAUUGUUACACUGGCACCAUAGAACUGAGAGAGGAAACGGUUGAGGUGCUCCUUUCAACAUCAAGCUUGUUGCAGCUUAAUUCUGUUACAAAUGCUUGUUGUGCUUUUCUAAAGAAGCAGCUGGACCCUUGUAACUGUCUGGGAAUAGCUUUAUUUGCUGAACAACAGUCCUGUUUGGAUUUACACAAAAGUGCUUUGAAAUACACAUACCAAAACUUCAUGCAGGUGGUGAAACAUCAAGAAUUUUUAUCGCUCCAAGCAGACCAGCUAGCUAACUUGCUGAAAUCUGAUGAUCUCAAUGUAGUGACUGAAGAAAAUGUAUUUGAAAGCCUCAUGGCGUGGGUUCAACAUGAUAGUGCCAAUAGAGAAAGCCAUUUGGCCACUUUGUUAAAACUUAUCAAGCUACCCCUUCUAUCAUCAGAGUACUUAAUUGAUAAAGUAGAAUUAGCCUGCGGUAAUGUGCCAGAAUGCCAGCCCCUCAUUAUGGAAGCAGUGAAAUGGCAUCUUCUGCCUGAAAGAAGGUCACUUCUGUUUUCACACCGCACAAGGCCACGGACAUCAACGAUUGGAAGGCUUUUAGCUAUUGGGGGCAUGGACGGAUAUAAGGGUGCCAGUAAUAUGGAAAUGUACGACCCGCGAACCAACACUUGGACUCCAUUUAUGCGAAUGGGUGCCAGGAGGCUGCAAUUUGGAGUCGCUGUUAUGCAGAACAAACUCAUCGUAGUUGGUGGCAGAGAUGGACUCAAAACAUUGAACACGGUGGAAUGUUUCGACUUGACUUCUCUAAGCUGGAGUGUGCUGGCUCCUAUGAACACACAUCGUCACGGCCUAGGCGUGGCUGUUCUAGGCGACGGACCGAAUUCGCCUGUCUACGCAGUUGGCGGUCACGAUGGUUGGAUCUACUUGAAUUCUGUUGAGAGAUGGGACGCCUGUUCCCGCACAUGGACGAUAGUGUCUCCGAUGACGGGGGCUCGCAGCACGUGCGGCGUGGCGGCGCUGCGCGGGCGCCUGUACGCGGUGGGCGGGCGCGACGGCGGCGCGUGUCUGCGCUCCGUGGAGUGCUACGACCCCGCCACCAAUCACUGGACUAACUGUGCACCUAUGAUGCGCAGGAGAGGCGGUGUUAGCGUAUGCGCUGCGGGUGGUUACUUAUACGCGUUGGGAGGCCACGAGGCGCCGGCCAACACUGUCGGCGGCCGACUGGCUUGCGUCGAACGAUACGACCCGGUAGCUGAUUCUUGGAUCCUACUGGCUCGACUGUCUUACGGCAGAGAUGCUAUUGGAUCCUGUCUACUCGGUGAUCGGAUUGUUGCUGUCGGGGGAUACGACGGGGUGCAAUACCUCUGUGUAGUGGAAGUUUACGAUUCUGAAUCCAACUGUUGGCGGAAACUCGCUCCUUUAAGCACGGGGCGAGCGGGCGCGGCCGUGGUUGCCGUGCCGCCGCCCAAAAACGUCUUCUGAUACAACUCCACACAACGCCCGGUCGACACAGCUAAGUUCAUCCCAGUACUCUCUAUGUCCGACCCGGAGGACGAAGACGAUGACUACUAACAACGUCCAAAAUGAAACUCUAAAAUUGUACUGACUUAAACAAAUAAAAUUAAUUCGUUAAUAAAAUGUGAUAAGACGUAAAUUGGAGACUCUAACAGGCAUAGUAAUCCACGAUUUAGAUUUUUGAUGCUACAUCUAUUUUUCGCAAUUGACUUUCCAUUUCUGUGAUUGUGUAAGUAACAUUUUUAUUCCUUAUUCUUUUCUAGCUUUUCUUUUUUCACCCUAAGCUUUAAUAAAUUAUUAAGGUGUAAAGCUUUGAAAAAAAAAAUACUAUGUUGUUGGUUGACUAUGCCAUUCUCCUUCGAGUAGAUCCAUAAACUUGUUGACUAAAAACAAUUUAAAGUUACACAAAAAUUGACAAUGGUUUCGUAAACUUGUGUUGUUCAAUGUAUAGAAAAUAAAAUAAACAGUUUAUUUUUGGUUUCUUUUUCGUAAUUCAAGACUGUUAUUAAAUAUUUGAUUCCAUUAUCGAAUUUAAAAGCUAGACUUAUAUGCGUUGUAUUUAAUAGAUUUAUUUUUUAACAUAUUAAUAAAUAUUCAGUGUGAUAAUUAUAGUUUUUAGUUCAUAAUCAUGGUUAUUAUAAUUUGACACUCAAAUAAUGGAAAUGUUCUCAUUACUCAUAGAUGCAGCUUCCUUAGUAUCUAUCAAAUAAAUUAAAAGUCAUUUUAUCAUCUUUCUGAUCAUUUGACAUUAAAUCUUAAUUGGUGAUCUCAGUACUAAGAAUGCGAAAUAAAGGAUUAACGGUGAGUUGCACGAUUUAACUAUAGCGACAACCACACCAUUUUAAGUUGUCAAUGCGCCGGUUUGACCAAUGGGCGCCAAGCACAUGGCUGGUUAUGAUUUGGUUAUAGUUAGAUGGUGUAACUUAUUCUUAGUUUUAGUUAUUAUCUAUUACAUAUAGGAGACUGCUAGUAAACUAUAAGUUCUCUCAUUUAUUUUUUUAUGUAUAUCCUUCAUGAACUUUGUAAUGAGCAAAUAAUGAAAUUGUAUAUCUGUGUGUAAACUGCCUUGGAGUUUUCUUAAAUGUGCACGUUUAAACAUAUUUUUUACUGUAAAUGACAUUUCAAAAAUCUCUUUCACUAUAUAAGCAUAUUAUGUCCUUGAUGUUUCAUGAAGUAAAAUAAAGUAAAUCUACAAUUUUAGCAUGACCAUACUUACGAUCGGUGCAUCUUUUUGAGACCUUAUUUCAGCACCUGCUAUGUACUUGUAAUUUUUAACACUUAUAUUCGGUUUUCUCUACUUAUAUUAUGUUUUUAUACAAGCCGCUGUGAAAUUAAAUGAAUUAUUUAAUCUAUAGGGUCUUAGCUUCAAUUUAUAUAAAAUAUUUUGGUCUGAGCACAGCUCGAAUAAUAACAUUAAAAAAAAAUGGUGGUAUUAUUGUAAGGCACAGUACUUGAAUCCUCUGUAUUAGUGUUGUGUCAUUUGUUUAGUACUUAUAAAUACUACACACUCAGACUCGAGUGCGGCGAAUGAAUUGAAUUUUAUAAUAUGAUAUCGCAUGACCACUCUUGUAAGUGGCGAAUCGGUCGAUGCGGCCGAUUCUGGCAGAAUCAUAAUAACAUUUGAUAGAUUUCGAUUCCUUCGCCCGAGUCGGUUCUGACAGAUGCGCGCGUGCAACAUUAGAUUUAUAUGAGAAAUAUGGAUAAACAUGGGCCACUGUCCCAUCUCAACGUUUUUAUUAUAUAAUAAACAAUAAAAUAGCAGGCAUCUGCACUCAAGGGUAGUUAAGUAGUUUAUACUCUUAUUAAUUCUGUAAUCUUAAAAUACUGUAAAACUAGCUGUUUUUCCGCGGUUUCACAGGAACUUCUUCCUGUACCGGAAAAAUAUAUAGCCCAUGUUUCUCGGGGAUAGUCUAGCUUUUCAAUAGUAAAAUAUUUUUUCAAAUUGGUUAGGUACUAAAUAUUUUAUAGUGAAUUAUUAAACACUGUGUACUCCAUAAAUAUUUUGCUGAAACAGUAUUAAGUAACAUUUAUUUUUGUACUACUUGGUUCUGUAAUUUAAUGAUUUAGGGGACCAUUCUGUGAUGUUAGUGCUAGGAAAUUGCUAGGGUAAAUACUGAUUAAUUAAAGAAAGAAAGAAAUAUUUCGUGUGGCUUUAGUGGCGCCACCAACUCGCUUUGCAAUGGCCAAACUUUUCGCUUGUGUUUGAUGAAUAGUUUUAUCGAAGUUGCUGAUUAUAUAGAUACUCCACAGUUUGGACAUCUAGGACAUACUUGGCCACUAAGCUCCUUGAAAUGUAUUACUAGAACUACGACGGUGUACAGCUUGGCUUGGCAAGAAAGCACGGAACAUAGACAGUUGGCCUAAAUGGUAGAAUGUUUUUUUUUUUUAUAUAUUGCAUCCUUGCCAAAUUAUGAAAAAUAUAAAUAAAGGAAAUACAGUCGUUCUUGUUUGGGACGUUCGUUUUUUUAGAAAGUUGUGUAAUCAAUAAUUUUUAGAUAUUAUUUUAUAUGAAGAGAUGAAUAGUUUUUUUUUUGUUUAUAUAUUUAAAAAGAUUCUGAAUUAUUUUUGCAGUACCUAUAUAUUUACUUACUCAAAGGGAAACAGACUGCAGCUGCCUCAUCAACAGCUGCUUUAGUUAGGGUUAUUGUAAGUAGUUCAUUUUUCCUAGUAUUACAAAGAAGCUAGUAGGUAUAUUAUGAAUUAGACAUGUUGCCAAAUUUACCAACUUCUGUAUGUCUUCUCCAGUGAUGUAUUUUUAAUAAAUAUUGUGGUAGCGAAAAAA